CAGGAGACUACUGGCACAUUAUUUGUCAUUUCACACAUCUGCACUCAGCACAGAAUAUCAGCUAUUACCACAAUCAGUGUAUAAUGAAGACGCCGUUAUGGACUCUCCUGCUAAUGGGGCUGUUUGUCCCCGGACGCAGUGACUGUCAGAGAGACUGUCUCUCCUGCAGCAAAAUCCUUCUCAAAGACCAAAGCUUUGACACACUGGUCUGUAUGGUGGAAUGUCACAGCAAGGUUUCUCUGGGCCUCACAUGGAAGAGGUGUCAGACCACUUUGGAUGAAGAACCCUUGCCUUUUCUGUCCAUAGGGAAUUCAAUGCUGAAACGAGCUGAGGAGGAAGUAGAAACUCUCCUUCAAUCUGAAGGAGGCCAAUCUGAUGGAGGUCUGACAUACACUGGAACCCUGCAAAGGUUCGAUCACAUGGCACGAGCUUUGGGUUUGGAUGAACUCAACCAAGAGAACCAAAUCUCCCAGUUUAGCACCACUAUUCAGCCUCAGUCACAGGAAGAUCCCAAUGCUGCAGACUGGGAGCUAAAAAGCACCCUAGAAGGUGAACCAGUGAAUCUCACCAAACGUUUUGGAGGGUUCCUCAAAAGCAAAUAUGGCUACAGGAAGUUCAUGGACCCUGGACGGUCCAUGCAGAAGAGAUAUGGUGGCUUCAUAGGUGUCCGCAAGUCGGCCCGCAAGUGGAACAACCAGAAACGAUUCAGCGAGUUUCUAAAGCAGUAUUUAGGCAUGACUACUCGAGCUAGCGAGUUUAACAGCGUGUCCACUGAUAUCACCAGGCAGAACAAGGUGUGAGCAUCGUCAACAGCACUACACUUUCCCAGCAAUGCCUUCAUCUGUUAACACACUUUUUAAUUCACAUGCGAUUUAAAAAAAAAAAAAAAAAAAAAAAAAGGCCUCUACAAUGUGGUAGCGAAUGUCCGAGUCCUUCUGAAGUCAAGAAUCUUUUAUUCUUUAACCACCAGGUAAUGUAUUAUAAAGAUUCGGUCAGAUGAUACUGGUACCAUGCUUCAGUACAAAUAAACAUGCAAAAGUAACAAACAACACUAAAAUUAACACACACUGAAUGGUCAAUGUCACAUGUUAGCACUCUUAAUUAAGAGGUUAAUCAAAGUUUUCUUGUUAAGCUUCAUUAAAGAACACUAUUCAAGAUAUAGCUAGGUACAUAAAGACACAGACAGUUGCUGUUACUUCCUUUAUGCGUUUGUGUGUGUGCGUGUGUGUGUCUGAAUUGGAACAAAUCAUAGGCUGCAGCUAAAGUUUUGAGUGGGAAAAUUAAGAAAGAUUGCCCGUUUAUACACUAUGGGAUUGGUCGAAGUAAUAUCUAAUCUUAUUUUAAUCUUAUUUAAUUGAGCUGAAACGGUAAAUCAGGAAGAAAUGAUUCAGCUUUAGCUUUGUCACUUGCUAGUGUGAAUGUAGCUUGCUAGUGUGAAAAUUCUGUGCACUCCCACAAUCCCACAAUGCACUGCAACAGAUUAGGCUAGGCAAGGAUAUGCAGAGAACCACCGUACAUGUUGUAGUUUGUAGGUGUGCUAGGACACAUCCUCUAACACUUCCUAUGAAAGUCACACCUCAUGUAUAUAAUGCAUUUCUACCUUAUAACAUCCCGCAUACUGAUAUAAAUAGCGAUGAAAAUGCAUUACUCUUUAUUUAACACUUCUUGUUAUGCAUUACAAAUUGUUGACAUCAUGUCUCAGUGGGCAUGAAGUUCUCCCCGUGCUUGGUAGGUUUCCUCAGGGUACUCCGGUUUCCUCCCACAGUCCAAAGAUAUGCAUGUUAGGCUAAUUGGCGUCACAAAUUACCCGUAGUGUGUGUGUGUGCCCUGCGAUGAUUGGCACCCUGUCCUGGGUGUACCCUGCCUCGUGCCCUAAGCCUCCUGGGAUAGGCUCCAGGUCCCGCGACCCUGAAUACAGGAUAAAGCGGUAUAGAAGAUGAGUGAAUGAGUGAAUGAGUACACCAGGGUCUUUAUAAUGUUUAAAUGUUUUAAUUCUUAUUAUUUUAGGGCUGUUAAAGUUCUGUAUAUCAUGUAUUCAAUUAUUUAAUUUUAGAAAUAAUCUAUGAAUAAACUUAAUUUCACAAAGCAAACUAGGGCUUAAUGUUUUCGGUUCACAUGGUGAUGUAAUGUGUUAUAAACACUGCCUUCAUUUUCUUACCAUAGUUUUCCAAAAUGCAUUAUGAACAUUGCAUUAAAUAUUGAAAAUUUCUAACAACAGUUUGUUGAAGGCAAUAUGAUGUGUAAUGAGGUGUGUUUAGAAUGUAUUCAUCGGUUGUGCAUAUAUAAGUGCAUACUGUACAUAUGGCCUUCAUAGAAAGUGUUAGUCUACAUUCUAUGUUCGUUUCUGCUAAAUGAUUAAUGAUAAGCUCUUGGUGGAUUUGGGGACCGUAGUUUACUAAAGGUAGCACAAUUCUAGAAAUUUCCAGAAGAGCAUGGUAAGGCUUUCAACCAGGCUACCCUUUUAGAAAAGAGUUGUUCUUUAACAAAUGAUAAAUGACUUCAGCAAGAACUCCAAAUAGAACCAAAUAACCCCUAAACGUUCUAGAUUUUAACCUUCAAGUGGUUUGGUUUUUUCUUUCUUUCUUUUGUUGUUGUUGUUGUGGUCUGUUUGUUGUCUAAGCGUUUGCUCUGUCCAGAAAGUACAACCACACUGACAUCUAGAGGUCAUUAAAACACAGCAAUCUGUCCUCCAUAUAAAUCAUGAAGACCACUGUGAUCAGUCAUCGAGUAGGAAAUGCAGAUUCAGACAGCGAAGAAACCUGAAAUGUUUCUGCAAUUUCUCUGAUAAUACAGGAGUGGAAAUGCUUAGCAUCUGCUUUUUAUUUCCUUACAUCAGAAAAACAACACCAAAUGCUUGUAAUUUAAAACAAAUGGAGAAAUGAAGAAAAACAAAAUGUAUUUAUGUAAACAAAUAUUUAUGAUUGAUCUUUUUUUUCAACUUUAUUGAUAAUACAUUGUAUUGAUCAUUAUAUUAAUUGU